AAGGAGAGGGGAAAAGAAAAAUCUGGCCUUGGCCUCCGGGCGAUUCCGCUCCGGCGCCGCAAGCUGCUUCUCUCCUCGCUCCUCGUCCAGGGCUGCCGCGCCACCAGGACCAGGACCAGGACCAGGACCAGGGUUUCUUGCUCGGCUCCGAGCAAGCCAGGCGCCAUUCCCCGGAUCCAACUCCCCAACCACGACACGACACGACACGACACGACAGCGCAGUUUCUAUAAAGGUGAAGUGCGCCGGCCGAUCAGUUGGCGCAAUGGGCGUCGAGGAGGAGCAAGACGUGCAGCAACCGGACGGCGCCGCCGCAAAGCCCGAUGCCGCCAGGUCGCCAACUACUCCGGAACACGGUCAGCAAAAACCGAGCAACCCCCGUGUGUCCACCUGCAGCUCGGACAAGGACGAUGGCCUAGCUCUCUGCCGGGUGUGCCACUGCGUCGAGCCUGACCUGAGAGGCGAGUCUGCUCUGGGUUUCCUCGGCAUCGUGCCGCCUUCUCCUGAUCCAUCCUGCCUCAAGGCCGACAAGGACCCGGACAAUGACGCCACCAAGAAUUCCACCAGCAAGGAUGGCAUUGAUGUUCCCAAGUUUCUCGAGUUCAUAAGCCCUGAGGGGGAGAUCUUCAAGUGCGCCACCGACAUCGAAUCGGGCCCUUUGCGCCCGCAAGACGACGUCGUGAACCUUGGAUGCUCCUGCAAGAACGAGCUCGCCCUCGCGCACUACGCGUGCGCGCUCAAGUGGUUCAUCAGCCACGGGUCCACCGUGUGCGAGAUAUGCGGGAACGUCGCCACGAACGUGCGGCCCGAGGACUUCAACAUGGUGCUCGCGUCGUUGAAGGAUUACGAGGCUCUGAGGGAAAGGACGUCUACCGGGGAUCUCUCCUACUUGCACUACAGGGCGGACGCGUCCGUCGACCCGGUCGCCCUUGCUGCAGUACGGAGACAGCGGCUCUGCGAGAUUUCAUCAUGGUUCAACCCUCACAACACGCAUUUCGUGUUUUCUCGGAGUCAGAGGCACAACAACAACAACAACGAAGAGGUGCCAGUUAGCCCAAGUAAUAACUCUGCAGACUAUAGUGUUUCGGCUUGGGGGCCAUCACACGGGGGGUCGACUGUCGGGAGUACCGGAGCUUUUGUUGCAAUCGCCCUAGCUUUUGUUAUCCUUGCAUGGUUUGUUGCUCCACAUGUUGGCAAGAGAGCGGCUGCGAUCAUCCUUCACAUGCUUCUGGGAGGCCUAUGCUCGUUGACUAUAAUAAUCUCGCUGAGAUUUGUAAGUAAACUGCAAUGCUUAACAUAUAUGGUGUUCCCGAGAAUCCAGUUUGGGUCGAUGCGAUACUGGGCGAUCCUGUUCAUGUCCUGGUUCCUCGUGUUUGGAGUGUGGGCCUCGAGAACCCGCACCAUCCGCAGCGCUUCAUGAUAAUAAUAUCCGAGUGUGCCCUCGGUGAGCCGUUGUGAGGAACUAGGACCGCGUCGCAAGGGUAGCGUCCACGGCAGCGUUAGGUAUUGUCGUCCUUGUCUAUAUCCGCCGCUAUAUCAUGGGUGCGUUCUUUGUAGCUGAAUUAUGUUUCAGAUGUAUAUGUGUUGGGCCGAGAAAACAAGAAUUUAUGUUAGUGGGGGCUUUUAUGGUGGUCUGCUCUGCUACUCAGUUUGAGAUGCAGAUGGAAUGCUGGUUGUUGAGCAUUGUGGAUAUGGGAAAUGAUAUGUUGUUAUAUGUU